AUGCACCAGGCUUUCAAAAUAGGCUCAUUCUGGUCCAAGAUACCGGGAUAUGAGGCUAGAGGAUCAUGCCCAGUGUGUGGAGAAGUGGAAUCUAUCUCACACAUCCUGCUCACGUGCCAGGCAAUUGGUAGAGAGCUGGUCUGGUCACUCGCGCGUUCCUUAUGGGAAAGAAAGGGUCUCCCCUGGUCAGUACCGUCCCUGGCGGAUAUCCUAGGGAUCGGGACCAAGGUAUGGACGGUUCCAGGCAGGCGAAAGCGUCGCGAGGGCGCAUCACGCUUCUGGCGUGUCCUCAUCUCGGAAUCGGUUUAUUUCAUAUGGAAGCUACGCUGCGAACGGGUAAUAGCGCACGCGGACGAAGAGGGCUGGCAGCACUCUGUGGAUAGUGUCCGAAGCCGCUGGCUGUGCGCAAUGAACCUUCGCUUACAUACAGAUAUGGAUAUGACGCAUCGCCGUUUUGGGCGGAAAGCCCUGAAGGCGCAGAGUGUUCUGGCGACCUGGAACGGGGUAAUUCACGAUGAACGUGCACUUCCGUAUGAAUGGAACGAGCUGCCAAAGGUUUUAGUGGGUAUACUGCUCCGCGUCCCUCUUGAUGCGGGGUAG